AUGAGCAGUAUAAGCGACAUCGCUCAGGCGCCCACCGCCCCCAUAUAUCACCAGAAGCAGUCGCUCCUCCUCUGUGCUGUACAUGCCAUAAACAAUGUGCUGCAAUUCGAAGCGGUGAACAAGAAGUCAAUGGAUGCGAUCUGCUCUAGCCUAUCACCAGGCAGCAGCUGGACCAACCCACAUCGCAAUAUUUUGGGUCUAGGCAACUUUGAUGUCAACGUGCUCAUUUUGGCUUUGCAGGAGAAUGGCCACGAUGUUGUAUGGUUUAACCGACAGAAGAGCAUGACUGAGUACAACCUCAAUUGGGACCUCAUCACGGGGUUCAUUCUCAACACCGGUCGGAAAUGGCUGUCACCCAUUCCUCUCACCAGUCACCACUGGAUUGCCUUCCGCGGCUUCCCCAGUCCAGGCGGCGACCGCUUUCAGUACUACGACCUGGACUCCAAGUUGCCCUCUCCCCUCCUUGUCGCGAGCUCGCAUGCGGAGUUCGCCACGUACAUCGAGAACCGGCUCAACGGUUCGUCCAGUUCGCAGUUACUGAUAGUUGCGCCUAAGGAGGUCGUCAGUGAUCGAACCUGGACACUCACGAAGGCGAGCUGA